AUGAGUCGGCGACAAAAUCCGAGCGAAUUUUUGAAGCAAAUUAUUGGUAAACCUGUUGUGGUGAAGCUAAAUUCUGGCGUCGAUUACAGAGGUAUUUUAUCAUGCUUAGAUGGUUUUAUGAAUAUAGCACUAGAGCAAACGGAGGAAUACACAAAUGGACAGCUGAAAAACAAAUAUGGCGACGCAUUUAUUCGAGGAAAUAACGGUUUAUUUUAA